AUGAUGGCACAGUGUAACAGCAAAGGCCACUGCUUAAAAAGUGGGCUCUGGACCAGGCAGGGCUCAUUCACCCCCAGAGAGUCAGCCUGCACAGCAUCGCAAGAAUCACACAGUAAAAUGAAGAUUGUCGCCGCCCUCUUCCUCCUCUGCUGCUGUACUUUCGCUGGGAGCAGAGCAAACCGGGUCUAUGUUCACCCUUUCUACCUGUUUGCUGCUGAAAAUGUCAGCUGUGAGACUCUGCAGACCCAAAACAAGCCCCUGGAGAUGAUGGCAGUGGCGCCCCUUGAUAUGGACGUCUUGACCCCAGACACGAGGAACGUGUCCCAAGUGGACACUCAGAGACAGAACAUCACUCAGAGGACCGCAGUGUUAGCAGAGCUGCUGAACUCUCUGGGGCUCAGGAUGUACCAGGCGCUCAGUGGGAAACAGCAGAGCGGAAACGUGCUAUUAUCUCCAGUGAAUGUGUACGGGACCCUCGUCACGUUCUAUCUGGGAGCGUCCAAGAAAACUGCCAGCUCUUACCAGCUCCUGCUGGGGCUGAGCCGGGCCACUGACAAUGAGGACUGUGUUUCUCUGGUCGACGGACACAAAGUGCUGAGGACUCUGCAGAGCAUCAACUCUCUGGUGGACGAUGGGCCGAAGGACGAGAUCAACACGCAGGUGUGGGCCUUCACUCCGCCGCAGACGCAGCUGGCAGCAGACUUUGUCCACGGAACACAGGACUUCUCAGAUUCCUCCUUCAUACGCAGCCUGGACUUCAACUCACAGGAGGCAGUGCAGCAGGUCAACGACUUUGUAGAGAAGACUUCAGGAGGAAAAGUCAAAAACAUGUUCACUCAAUUAAAUGCAAGCAGCAACCUGCUGUUUCUCAGCUCCUUCAAUUUUCAAGGUAACUGGAAAACAGUCUUUCAGGCUGAAAAAACCACAGAGCAAGAGUUUUAUGUGGACGAAACCACCACCAUCACUAUUCCACUGAUGACGCACACCGGCCCCUACCACUACCUGAACGACAAGGUUCGGCGCUGCACUGUGGUCAAACUCUCCCUGAGCAAGAGGUCCUACAUGUUACUAAUCCUGCCCCAUGAAGGCUCCAGCCUGAGAGAAAUCGAGUCCAAACUACGCACUAAUGUGAUGACUUCCUGGAAUGAAAACCUACAAGAGGGUCUGCUAGAGCUGUCCCUGCCCAAGUUCUCCAUGUCUGCUGUUAAUAACAUGCGAGACCUUCUGACCAACAUGGACACGCAGGUGGAGGAGAGACUGCUGGGCGAUCAGGCAGAGUUCAGCCAACUCAGCGACACCCAGCCCUUCACUGUAGCUAUGGCUCUUAACAAGGUGACGUUUGAGAUGUCAGAAGAAGGCACCGAAGCUCAAGCCACCACCCACGAAGCUGGCAUCCCCCUGAAACUGUCCAUCAACCGGCCUUUCUUCUUCUCAGUGGUGGAGGGAGACUCUGGGGCUGUACUGAUGCUGGGCAAGGUCACCAACCCUGCCCUCUAA